AAGGAAUAAACAAAUAACAUCGUUUAAAUUCUGUGUAUUAAUUUUUUUGAAAUGGAAGAAUACGAUAAAAUUUUUAAUAAUGAUCCGAUUUAUAUGAAAAGUCUUCUGGGAAAACAAGUCAAAAUAAAAACUGUAGAUAGUAGAACUCAUUCUGGAAUAGUUUAUGUGAUUGAUCCCGUUUUCAAAACAGUUGUUUUACAUACAAAUUGGAAGAGUAUUAAAGACCAUGACACGCUUAUGAUUAUGCAUCAUGCUAUUGAAUCUAUUGAAGAAUUACCUGAACCAGUUAAUGAGAGUUAUUUAGAAGAAACAUCAGAACAUAAUUCAAAAGAGAGAAAAUAUGCAGUAAAAAAGUGGUUGAAGAAAAUGAUGAUAAAUGUGAAAGAAAGUGGUGAUUAUUUAAAAGUAGACGAUCAUUUAGUAAUUGUACCUCCUUAUGGCCCAGAAAAUUGUAUAUGUAAUAAUACAAUUGUUUUAGAAAAAGUACAGAACAUUUUAGAAACCAUGCCUAAAGAUUUUUAUUAAUAAGUGGUGCCUGUGAUGUAAAACUUGGUAAAACCUGGUAAAACUAAAAAGCCAUUAUUU